AUGAUGAUGAUGCCCCACCCCACACAGCCGCCAAAGAAGAAGCUUUCCAAGAAGGAGAAGGCCCGCCUAGAGGCCGAGCAGGCAGAGCUGCUGCGCAUCGAAAUGGAAAAGGAAAAACUCAAGAAACUGGAGGAGGCGCGCCAGCGCAAAAAACUAGAGAUGGAGCAGGCAAAGCACCGCCAGCAGCAAGAGGUGGCCGAGAACCGUCAGCGCCGGGCACAGCUGAAGGACAGCAUGCUCUUCUUCGAGGCGGUGCGAACGGCCAUCGAAGCCAUCAGAGAUGGGGAGCGGCACGAGCGCGAUUGGGAGAAGUUUAUGCGCUGCAAUGGGCUGCCAAAUGCCGCCAGUCCGAGCGACCUGCGGAAGUACAUCCAUCAGUGGCACGCGGACAUCGCCCAGCGGCACAGGGAGGCACGCAACUGGCUGCUGCGGACAGACGAACGAACGCUGCUCACACAGGAUGCCCAGGUGGCGGAUCUGACGCGCAUCUCGCUGCGCCAACAACAGGGACGACUGGGCGAUAUCUAUGCCCAUCGCAUCAAGGAGGUCCUGGGGAUUCUCAGCGAACUGGAUGAUAUGCUGACCUUCAGGCAGCGUUCCCCGCAUGUUGCGGCGGAUCUGGCGAAACUCAAGACGGAAAUGCGUGUAUUUCUCAGGCAGCACCUGGACGAGUUUACCUACAAGACUAUGUCCCAUAUUGAGCGGGAUAUGGAAAUCGAUAGACCUGGCGUCUCGAAGCACAUCUACAGCUCGGACGUCUUUCAGAGCUUUGUGUGGACCUUCUCCAAGGAUGCCCAGAUUGCCAUCAAUCCCAAGACCCGCAUUGGAGAGCAGACGACUCACAAUGAGAUCGAUUUUCCCACCAUUGAAAUGCAGAUCUCCCUGCCGCCGACAGUGCGACUCCAGAGCUCGGCGCUGCGGGGUCUGUGGCUCAACUACGACCACUUCAGUGACUAUUGCAGCAGCUAUCGACUGAAGCACGCACGCUCCGAGAAUGCCAAUAUUCUGCGGCAAACGAAACGCGAGUGGCGUAAACGCAAGGAGAUACUCCAGGCGAUGCUGGACGAGUGCGGCAGGGACAUUCCGCUCUCGGAGCUGGAGCAACUCACGCAGGAGCAGCACUCGGCCAGCUCGCAGCCGCCGCGGGAGCGCACCUACGACGUGGACAAGCUCUAUGCGGAGUACGAGGAUGAGCUGAGUCGUGCCCAUCGGAGGGCGAUCGGACCCGAGGCCUACGGCAUGCUCGAGACGGACGUGAAUCUCCGCAAGUACCGCAUCAUUGGCGGCGUCUACUGCAUUGACUUCCUCGAGACGCCGCAGCAGGACAAGCAGCUCAAUGCGCACUCCUUCAUACGAACUAUUACGUGCGCCAAUAGUUUGGUGCUCAAGGAAUACUAUCAGACCUAUAAGCCGCCGCCGCCUGUGCUGCCCGGAGUGCGACGUCUGCCCGAGGAAAUCGAGGCGGAGAUGAGGAUGAUCGAGUCCGCUCUGGACAAGCUGGCGCUGGUCACUCUGCAGCUGCCCGAUUCGGUGAUUUGGUUCGAGCCCCCGGUCGCCUGCCGCUGGGAGACGCACAUCGAGACCCUCGAAAUGGAGCUCGCCGAUGGCAUGAAGCCGCAACCGCCUGCCCCAACGGAAGCGGAGGCGGAAGCCAAUGGAACUGCCGUUGCGGCGGCCGCUGGCACCACAGCCACACCCACAGAAGCGACACCCCUCUCGACCAACGCUCAACCGAGUCCGCUGAAGAGUUCGCCCCGCUGUCCGGCGUCGCGCCUGCGCCCCCCGAAGUCGUCGUCGGACCUACAGCAGACGCUGCGCGAGAUCACGGACUUUGACCUGAGGGCCAUACCCAGCGACGUGGACCUGUACGGGCUGGUCAAGGACUUUGUGGUGCCACGCCUGCCCCAGGGCUUCUGCGUGCGCCUUGAGGCAACCACCCCGGCGGAGUCCGGCUCGGGGCUGCGGCGCCGCAGGGUGAUGUUUCUCGCCCGCCAGACUCACGUGCGGCUGGGUCAGGGCCAAGGGGCAGCGGGUGAAGUCCCAAAGAACAUGGAAGAUCCAUCGACGGAUCAACUGCAGAUGGGACUGGGACUGGGAGUCGGAGCAGAUUUCCUGGACACUGAGGAGCCGGCGGAGAUGUUUCCGCCGCUGUGCUUCGACAAGCUGCUAAAGUUCCGGCAGACAGCCCCGACCCCUGUGCUGCCGCAGGGCUACCUCUUCUCGCAGCUCAUCGAGGACAUGGACCGGCUGUGGCGCCUCCAGCUGCCGCGCGAGCAGCAGGAGGAGCUCAUCCAGCAGAUCUCCGAGCAGCUCUCGCCCACAAGCUCUGCGGGCAGCGAGGCGGGCGAGCAGCAGCAGCAUGACCUGGAGGACGAUCCCAUACAGCCACUCAGCCAGGAGCUGGUGGAUGUCCUGCAGCCAGCAGCAGCGGCCGCCGCCUUUGCCUACUACACGGGCAUCUCCUUUGUGCGCGACUCCCAGCUGCCGAACGAGGCGGAGGAGGAGGCUCGCAAGCAGCCAUCAGAUGGCCUGGACAGCAGCGAGGAUGACGACGAGGACGUCGACAGUCUGUUGGAGCUGCUCGAAGGUGCUUCCACCGCGGCCAACACUCUCCACGAGCUACUGGCCUCUGGCGCCGGGCAGAGUCAGACUCAGAGCGAGAACAGCAAUAGCGAGAUGCGCAAGCAGAAGCUCAGCUGCACAGCGGCCAUUACUCAGGGCAAGUGGAGCACUCGCGAUGUCCACGACACAAAGUUCAAUGAAGACAAGCUCUCGAUUCAGUUUCGCACAGGACGAUUGGGGAUCUUUGGGUUCGCCUUGAACAAGUACAGCAACAUGCCCUACCAGACCUGGGACCUGCGACCGGACAUGAAAAAUCCUGGCACCAUCCUCUUUAGCUUCACGGCAUCGCUGAUCAGCCUGGACAUGACCAUCACCGAGGCGGGGUACACGGUGAACAAUUUCCAGGGCGGCAGCACCCAGGGCCUCACCGAGAUGAUCGGCAAAACGAUGUCACUGUCGGAGCUGAAGGCCACACUGAUCCUCUCCGCGGUGGACAUUUUCCCCGAUGAGGAUGCCUUCUGCUACACCGAGGGCUCCUGCGAGAAGAACUACGUGAUGGAGAUGCACUGCUACGCCUGCCUCUCGACCCUCGCCCAGUCGCACAACUUCAGCUGGUCGCGCUGGAACCUCCUGGCCGGCUCCCGGACGGCCGUCCUCCUCGUCCGCGAGCUGAUCGAGGGCAAGAAGGUGCCGUACUAUUCCACGCUACUGGUCACACCGCUCAAGACCUCGAUCAUCGACUGCACCGAGGUAUCGGCCAGCUUCAAUGCGGUGGGCAUUGCCGGCAUGGAGUACUAUGCCGAUCUCUAUCAGCUCUCCCAGGCCCAUGCCCAGCCGGUGAGUCUCGAGAAGCAGCGCACGAUGAGUCCUGUGCUCAGGGACAGCGUCGCUAGGAUUCUGAUGGCCAUCCGGCCUUUGAGUCUCUGUUGA